AUGUUUCGUCUGUGGCAUGCUAACCUACAGUUACUGCACCAGCACAAAACCCUCGACGUGAUCACACUCUUCCACAAGCCCUCCCUCCCCUCCUCCACACGCGUGCUCAACGUCCUCCGCACCGCCAGCGCAACCGCCUCCGAGACGGCCACUGAGGACCAGGCCUCGGACCACGCCCACCACGCCAAGCACCAGCAGCGCGGCGAGUUCCAGCUCGACGUGACCGAGGAGCCGCCCACGCCGGACCAGCUGCGCACCAUCCUCGACUACACCGCCGCGCAGGGCGUCAAGCCGAGCGCCAUCAUCCAGGGCGCCAGGGACCAGGAGGAUGCGCUGCGGAGGUUGAAGGAGCAUGGCGAUAGUAGUUUUAUACGGCCGUUGGUCGUCGACUGGAUCAACGGAAAAGCUGUCGUCGGAGACAACGAGUCCGAGAUCCUGCGACUGGUCCGCCAGUCAUGCGACCUAGAUUGA